AUGGAAAUUCGACCAAUUGGCAAUAGCCACCAAUGCAAUGUCAAUUCGUUGGACAGAAUUCCAAAACCCAUAUCUUUGCCCGCCGUGAAAUCUCAUACCUCUAAUUUUACAGAAGAUACAAAUGGACCAGGUAAAGGAAUGCACAAUCAUCACGCCGAACUGGAUGGGAGCCAUCUGGUAUCCCCGAUUACAACAGUUAUCUCGACAGCAUCCACCAACUUUGAUUCCGAGGGAUCAGGUCCUAGCGGCACCAGGCCAAUCUCAAUCGCUUUUGGAGAAGAACCAACACUGGCAGCUAAUGGCAUGGCAUGUGGUUCAAUAAACUCCACUAAACAACAGAGGACAAAUGAGCCUUCAACUCUCAGUGAGGAAUCCUCCUCUAUCAUUUUCGACCCUCACCGAGUCCAACUUAAACAAAAACGAUACAAUGGUACACAACAACGUUUUCUAGACUGGGGUAACCAACACAAUCGUAACGUAUUAGAAUUUGUUAAUGCUAUUGAUAUCAUUAACUAUUUAGCAUAUGGCCGGGUACAUCACAACUGGUCUUACGCCACUAUUUUACAAUACAAACAAGCAAUCUUACAACUAUAUGAACAAACUCAACGUGAUAGUAUAACAACUAAUCCUGCUUUCAUUGAAUUCUUUUCCGCUUUGAAAAGUAACGCGAUUCUAUCUUUUGAUUUCCCUAUGAUCAAUUUACAACCAGCUAUAGAUGUCAUGCUUUCUUGGGGUGAGAACUGCGACAUGACUCUUCUACAAAUAACACAAAAACUUUGUUUCCUUUUGGGUAUCACCGGCUUCUUACGUCCAUCUGAUAUUGAACGCAUCGACGAUAGCAAGACUUUGGUGGUCAACGACGCUCUCCGUUUGGUGGUUUUGGCACCUAAGGAAAAACGGGCUGGUAGACCAAUCGAAAAAGUAGUGAAUAUUUCGGCCCACUCAAACAUUAUGCUUUGUCUGGUUACGUGCUAUACACAAUACAAAAAUCGCUUCGCUUCUCUCGCUCCUGUUGUACGUUCACAUGAUCGACUUCCACACCUUUUAUAUACGGCAUUGGUUCGCAACAUUACCGACCACAACAAAGCAAUCGGGUCUGAACGCAUUAGCAAGCAUAUCACGUCCAUCUUGUGUAGAGCUACCACUACAUGUACAGCUUCCACUUCCAGUCGUAAGACAAUUAAGGCUAGGGCUGUCGGUUCCACACGAGCAAUUCUUGCUGGCGCUAAACUGGAUGAUGUGCUCACCCAUGGUUCCUGGGCAUCUUCUUCGAUCUUUGAUACAUACUACCGAUUGAAUAGGGCUUCCGCCACCAACUUUACGGAUCUUAUUCUGUGA